AUCGAUGAUCCGCCGCUGAAGAUACUGCCGCUCGGUGGGUUGGGUGAGAUUGGGAUGAAUUGCAUGCUCGUCGGGAGCGGGGAUCGAUACGUGCUGCUCGACGCGGGGUUGAUGUUUCCGGAUCACGAGGAAUUGGGUAUUCAGAAAGUGCUGCCGGACGUGUCGUUUUUGGCGCGUUGGAAGGAUAAGAUUGAGGCGGUGCUCAUCACGCACGGACACGAGGACCACAUCGGGGCGUUGCCGUGGGUCGUGCCCGCGCUCGACCCGUCGACGCCAAUCUACGCGGGUUUGUUCACCAUGCAGCUCAUCAAGCGGCGCAUGCAGGAAUACUCUCUGUGGAACGAUCAACGGUUCAAGGUUUUCGACAUGAACGAGCGGUUUCAGGCUGGACCGUUUGAGAUGGAGGCGGUUCGCGUGACGCACUCCAUUCCGGAUUGUUGCGGGUUGAUUUUCCGUUCAGAACACGGGACGAUCGUGCACACGGGGGAUUGGAAAAUCGAUGAAAAUCCAGUCGAUGGACGCAUAUUCGAUCGCACGUCGUGGGAACGCGUCGGGAACGAGGGCGUGACGCUCAUGAUGAGCGACAGUACCAACGUUUUGUCGCCGGGGCGCACGAUCAGCGAAUCCGCCGUGAGCGAGGGCAUCAUGCGUAGGGUGUUGGGCCAUCGCGGACGGAUCAUCACCACACAGUUCGCGUCGAACAUACAUCGACUCUACGGCGUUCGCGCCGCGGCCGAGGCCACGGGGCGUCAGAUUGCGUUCUUGGGCAUGUCCUUGACGACGUACCUCGAGGCGGCGAAGCGAGCUGGCAUCGCGCCAAUCGAUCCUGAGAAACUCAUCCCGGCAGACGAGAUCGACAACUGCGAUCCCAGUAAGUUACUCAUCGUCACCACUGGGUCUCAAGGCGAAGAGCGCGCGCAACUCGCCCUCGCUGCGCACGGAAGCUCGCGACUUUUGACGUUGCAACCGGAGGAUCUGUUGCUGUAUUCGGCGAAGAUGAUUCCCGGAAACGAAAAGCGAGUCAUGCGUAUGAUGAAUGAAAUCGCCAAGCGCGGACCGGAGAUCGCGAUGGGACGCGAAGAUUGCUUGCACUCAUCGGGUCACGGGUACAAGGACGAACUAGACGAGGUGAUCAAGCUAUUGAAACCCGAGCACUUCUUACCAGUGCACGGCGAGUAUGCGUUUUUACGAGCGCACGAGCAACUUGCACGACAAUCUGGCGUACGACACACGACUGUG